AUGGGGCUGAGUGUGAAAGAGGACCCUGCAGACCCCACACACCCUCCCCGGGAUCCCUCGCCCUGGACACGGCAGCCCGGAGGGCCAGGAGGUGGGCAGCCUAACCACCAGUGCUGGACCCAGGCGGGGCUGCUGUGUGCAGAUGAACAGGGCUAUGAGGCUGAUGGCCUGCUGACCGCCAGAGGCCAAGGUGGAGGGCUGCGGUGGGGCAGGACCCCGGCGCCGUGCCAGCCCCGAGAUGGGCACCAGGAGCUGGUGCUGGGUGCUGGCCUGGGUCCUCGUGGCCCCGCUGGUGGCACAGCAGGCAGGCCAACGCCUUUUCCUGAUUCCGCCUUCUUCACUGACUCAGUCAGGGAGGGUGGGGGUCAGCACGAGCCCGUGAAGCCUGGACGGGCUCUCUCCCACCGCGAGAUCCAGGACUUCGUGGAGCCAAGCCGGCUGAGCACAAAGGCCACGGCGGACGCCCAGUCCACACUCUCACCUGCCCGGCACGUGACUUUCAUCCCACCCAUCACUGUGUUGCCCAGUCUGAGCCCCCUGAACCCAGCGCACAAUGGGCGGGUCUGCAGCACGUGGGGCGACUUCCAUUACAAGACCUUCGACGGCGACAUCUUCCGCUUCCCCGGCCUCUGCAACUACGUCCUGGCCUCGCACUGCCGCGCCGCCUAUGAGGACUUCAACAUCCAGGUGCGCCGUGAGCUCAAGGGCGCCAUGCCCACCAUCAGCCGCAUCGUCCUCAAGGUGGAGGGAGUAGUGCUGGAGCUGUCCAAUGGUUCGGUGCUUGUUGACGGGCAGCGAGAGGAGCUGCCCUACAGCCGUGCCGGCAUCCUGGUGGAGCGUGGCAGCAGCUCCCUCAAGAUCAGCGUCCGAAUGGUCUUGACCUUCUUUUGGAAUGAAGAGGACAGUGCACUGCUGGAGCUGGACCCCAAGUACGCCAACCAGACGUGCGGCCUGUGUGGGGACUUCAAUGGCCUCCCUGUGGCCAACGAGUUCUACGCCCACAAUGUCAGGCUGACAGCACUCCAGUUUGGGAACCUGCAGAAGCUGGAUGGGCCCACUGAGCAGUGCCAGGACCCACUGCCCACCCUGGCCACCAACUGCACAGACACAAGAGAAGACAUCUGCCUCCAAACCCUGCUCGGCCCCGCCUUCACCCAGUGCAACAUGCUGGUGGACCCUGGCCCGUACGUGGCCUCCUGUGCCCAGGACCUGUGUCGCUGCCCCAGCUGCCCAUGCUCCACCUUCACCGAGUACUCCCGCCAGUGUGCCCACGCAGGGGGCCAGCCACAGAACUGGAGGACCGCCAACCUCUGCCCCCAGACGUGCCCUGAGGGCAUGCAGCACCUGGAGUGCGGCUCACCCUGCGCCGACACCUGCUCCAACCCUGAGCGUACCCAGCUCUGUGAGGACCACUGUGAGGAUGGCUGCUUCUGUCCUCCAGGCACUGUGCUGGAUGAUGUCACCCACUUGGGCUGCGUGCCCCUGCAGCAGUGCUCCUGCACCCACCUGGGCCGGACCUAUGCCCCGGGGGCUGCCUUCACCACUAGCUGCAGCUCCUGCACUUGCUCCAGGGGACGGUGGCAGUGCAAGGACCUCCCGUGCCCAGGCACCUGCUCUGUCCAGGGGGGCGCCCACAUCUCUACCUACGACGAGAAGCUCUAUGACCUGCACGGGGAUUGCAGCUACAUCCUGUCCAAGAGGUGUGCUGACAGCACCUUCACUGUGCUGGCCGAGCUGCGGAGGUGCGGCCUGACAGACACCGAGAGCUGCCUCAAGUCCGUGGUGCUCAGCCUGCAUGGUGGCGACAUGGUAAUCCGGAUCCAGGGCAACGGUGCUGUGUUUUUGAACUCCAUGUAUGUCCAGCUGCCCAUGUCAGCAGCCAACGUCAAGGUCUUCAGGCCCACAUCCUUCUUCCUGCUCGUGCAGACUGGGCUCGGCCUGCAGCUGCUCGUGCAGCUGGUGCCCUUCAUGCAGGUCUACGUGCAGCUGGACCCGGCCCACCAAGGCCAGACAUGCGGGCUGUGUGGAAACUUCAACCAGAACCAGGCUGACGACUUCACAGCCCUCAGCGGGGUGGUGGAGGGCACGGGUGCUGCCUUUGCCAACACCUGGAAGACCCAGGCCACCUGUCCCAACGCCAAGAACAGCUUCGAGGACCCCUGCUCCCUCAGUGUGGAGAACGAGAACUACGCCCAGCACUGGUGCGCCCUGCUGACCGACCCUGGCGGCGCCUUCGCUCCCUGCCACUCCCUCGUCAACCCUGCAGCCUUCCACUCGAACUGCAUGUUCGACACGUGCAACUGCGAGAAGACCGAGGACUGUCUGUGCGCCGCGCUGUCCGCCUACGUGCGAGCAUGCGCCGCCAAGGGCGUGCUGUUGCGUGGCUGGAGGAACGGCGUCUGCGCCAAGUACAUGGGCAGCUGCCCCAAGUCGCAAGGCUAUGAGUAUGUGGUAGACACCUGCCAGCCCACGUGUCGCGCCCUCAGUGAGGCCGACGCCACCUGUGAUGUCUCCUUCGUGCCUGUGGAUGGCUGCACCUGCCCCUCGGGCACCUACCUGGAUGACACUGGCACGUGUGUGCCCGCCGAGGAGUGCCCCUGCUACCUGCGUGGCACAGUGGUGGCCCCAGGCGAGGUCGUGCACGACAACGGUGUGGUGUGCUCCUGCGUGCAUGGGAAGCUGAGUUGCCUGGGAGCCCUGGAGCAGAGCAGCAUGGGAUGUGUGGCCCCCAUGGUGUACGUGGACUGCCGCAAUGUCUCGGCGGGCGCCCCCGGGGCUGAGUGCCUGCGAAGCUGCCACACUCUUGACGUGGACUGUUACAGCACCCACUGUGUCUCUGGCUGUGUCUGUCCCCCGGGGCUGGUGUCAGAUGGCAACGGGGGGUGCAUUGCCCAGGAGGACUGCCCCUGUGUGCAUAAUGAGGACAUCUACCAGCCCGGAGCCACCAUCAGGGUGGACUGCAACACCUGCACGUGCAGGAACCGAAGGUGGGAGUGCAGCAGCCAGCCCUGCCUGGGCACCUGCGUGGCCUACGGGGACGGGCACUUCAUCACCUUCGAUGGGGAGCGCUACAGUUUCCAAGGCAGCUGCGAGUACACGCUGGCCCAGGACUACUGUGGGGGCGAUGCCACCACCAACAGAACCUUCCGGAUCAUCACCGAGAACAUCCCCUGCGGGACCACUGGUGUCACCUGCUCCAAGGCCAUCAAAAUCUUCCUGGAGGUCCCAUUUCGGUUCCAUCUACGUGAGGGCUCCCAGCAGCUCACCGACAGGGCGUACCACGGGAAAGCCUCAGAUAGCACUCUGCCCACACAUCGCACGCGGGCUCAGACGUGGCCCUGCCAGCACCUGCCGGGCUUAGACAGUGAAGGGACGCCAGGUAAGCCUGAUACUGCUGAGCAGCUGGGGCGGCUUCACACAGCUCGCCAGGGACGAGGGCACGGGGUGGAGCCCAGACCAGGAACGGGGAAAGGCGGGAAGGACGUGAGUGCUGACUGA